CUGCUCAUCUGCAAUCCCCGCUCAAUCCCGUUGCGGUCUUGCCUGCCAUUCGCUCUGCUGCCGCUGCUGUCGAGGAUGCUCUGGUGCUCUUCCCUGACCCGAGCAGCGAUACGCCGCGUGCCGUCGCUUGCAAGGCUCGAAUCUCCUCAACGACGCUGGUCCCAUGUCGGCGUUGCCUUUGACAUUGAUGGUGUGCUCGUUCGGGGCAAGAACGUCCUGCCCGAGGCCAAGCGGGCGAUCAAGAUGCUGGAUGAGAGGAACAUCCCCUACAUCUUCUUGACAAAUGGAGGUGGUGUCCCCGAAAGCGUCCGAAGCAUCGAGCUCAGCAAGCGGCUCGAAACCAAGAUCGAUCCCCUGCAGGUGGUCCUGUCGCAUAGCCCAAUGCACGAUCUGUCCAACAAGUACCGCGAUCGUCCGGUGCUGAUACUCGGCAAGGAUACAUGCAAGGACGUAGCGCUCGGAUAUGGGUUCCAGAAGCCCUUCCUUGCAGCCGAGCUGAUGGCAUGGGCACCGACCAUGUGUCCAUUCACUCCUGCACCAACACAAAAGUAUUCGACCACCAUUGAUUUUAGCAAGGAGCCGAUCGCCGCAAUCAUGAUGUUCCACGACUCCUGGGACUGGGGCCGUGACCUGCAGAUUGCGUGCGAUGUUCUCAUCUCCAGAGGUGGAUUUGCUGGCACAAUAUCCGAUCCUAAGGCGCCCCAAAGCGUCCCAAUCUAUUUCAGCAAUCCCGAUUUUGUCUGGAGCAACGAGUACCCAGUCAAUCGAUUCGCACAGGGCGCCUUCCGCCUGGCCCUCGAGCGGCUAUAUCAAGAGCUCAAGGGAGUGCCCCUCCAAUACACACAGUUUGGAAAGCCAACCGAGAAGACAUACAGAUUCGCCGAGGCCGUGAUGGAAGAGUAUGCACUGAAGGCCGGCAAGCUCGCGGGACCAGCAAAGAUUCGGCGAAAGAUAUACGGCAUCGGUGACAACCCAGCCUCAGAUAUCGAGGGGGCCAACAGAAACGGCUGGCACUCCAUUCUCGUGCGCACGGGGGUCUGGAGGCAAGACCUGCACGGAGACGACCAUGGAGCCGUCCACGUCGUGGAUCAUGUCGAAGAUGCCGUCCAACUGCUGCUGGAGCAGGAGGGGCUUGCAUAGAUAUUAUGUGCCUCUGUUCAAUUCCAUGGGGCACCCGCGCCAGCCAGCCAGCUCAAACGCAGAAGUCACUGAGCAAAAGCAAUUGAUCAAGCUGCUGUACAUCCCACAUCCCGCAGUCGCAAUGACCGUCACCCGUUGCUUCCAAGGUCCCAAACACGCCAGUUUACCAUCGACGCUCCGAGGCACACCUUUUGUUGCUGGGACUAGUGGCCGUGGUUGCUGACCCAGGCAGAAGCCAGCCCUUCAAGUGUCUGCGACAGUUUGGCAGUCCAUUCGCCAAAGCUUCCCGAGUCGCGAGGGUUGGUCGAGGCGCCCGGCUCCGCUGCUGACCUUUUGAACAGAACAGCGAGG